GUCGUUAAUUCUUUUUCCUCUCGAGCCUUCUUUUACCUGUUGGCCACUCUUAAAACCUGGAAAAGUGGAGAUUGCAUUUGGGAGCCCCGCGUGACCAGAGCAAUAUAAAUAAACAUGCUCAGUAGGAAAGGCUGAUUUGGAACGCAAGUGUUGUCUUGAUGAGGGCUUUCCGUGUUGCUUGUUUCAGGAUCGAAUGCAUCUUCAUCGUGGCAUCAUGUCGGGGUAUUGCAGCCUCUCCUACCGUUUUAGCACUCACACUUUAAAAUUUCAUCUCUGCCAAAUUUUGGAGCCAGCCUUCCUGGAUCUGCUGGCCAAUCAAGAGACAACACAUUGUUGCCUCAGAGACCCCGUAUGCCAGCGACAGGGUUUCUAGACUGUGAUUGGACUACUGGAAGCUGGAAAGGGUGGAGGCUGGAAGCAGUCUAAGAAAAAGCUGGUCUGCUGCGACUAUGGCAACCGCAGCGCUUGAGGCUUGAAGAAGGAGGAAAGCUAAAACAGGUGUAGUUUUUCUUUUGGAAGAAUAUCCAGUUAUUUCAUGAUGGCAUUUGCACCACCAAAAAGCAUAGAUGGUCCCAAAAUGCAGACAAAGAUGAGUACCUGGACACCCCUAAACCAUCAGCUUUUGAAUGACCGGGUGUUUGAAGAAAGAAGAGCCUUACUUGGAAAAUGGUUUGACAAAUGGACGGACUCUCAAAGGAGAAGGAUCCUGACAGGCCUCUUAGAACGCUGCUCCCUGUCACAGCAAAAGUUUUGCUGUAGACAGCUUCAGGAAAAAAUUCCAGCAGAAGCCCUGGAUUUUACUACCAAGCUUCCAAGGGUGUUAUCUUUAUACAUCUUUUCUUUCCUGGACCCUCGAAGCCUUUGUCGUUGUGCACAGGUGAGCUGGCAUUGGAAGAAUUUAACUGAGCUGGAUCAACUCUGGAUGCUCAAAUGUUUACGGUUUAACUGGUACAUCAAUUUCUCUCCUACUCCCUUCGAGCAAGGUAUAUGGAAGAAGCACUAUAUUCAGAUGGUGAAAGAGCUUCAUGUUACCAAGCCUAAGACUCCUCGAAAAGAUGGCUUUGUAAUUGCUGAUGUUCAGCCAGUUGCAAGCAGUACUAAAGAGGAAAAGCCAUCUCUUUCACCAGGUUUUAGGUCUUCUUCCUCUUUAAGAAAGAAGAAUAACCCAGGGGAGAAAGAACUCCCUCCAUGGCGGUCCUCUGACAAGCAUCCUACUGAUAUCAUUCGUUUCAAUUACUUAGACAACUGUGACCCCAUCGGAAGGAGGAAAAAAAAUGAAAUGACUCCAGAUUUCAGCCAACAGCCACAUGAUAAGAAAAAUAAAUUACAGGACAAAUCUAAGCUAAGAAAAGCUCAGUCACUGGUAAAACUCAGCUCCCCACUAAAAGUUCCAGCUCAUCUCGCCUGGGCUUCUCAUCAGUCAGUUGGAUUCUCAGCCACCAAGGCAACAACUGAAAUUCUCAUUCAGCAUCUUCAGGGACACUCUGGGCUUCAGUGUUUACCCAUCCAGGCUCCAGAGCCGAAGCUGAUUUAAAAAUAUGAAAUGACUUUUAAAGAAAUAACAAAAUGUACAUGUUUGAGAGUUGAAUGUGACUUGGCUCCUUUAUUAGAAGCUCUUACGGUGUAAGUACCUUAUUGUGAAAAUGAGUUCUGCAGUAUUUCAGUAAAAGGUACAUGUACAAACUUAAGUAGAAAUGA